UCAUUCCAAUAUCUAUCAAUCUAGACUUGGUUGAUUUGAACCACAGCCCCCCACCAAUACUCACAUUUACGCAAAAUGACGAGAAGUGGGUCGUGAAAUAAACGUUAAUAUUUUUAAUACUCGUUUUUAAUCCACUAUAUAUCAUCCCCAUCAGUUCAUUGCCUCGUCUCUCAUUCCACACACACAAUAAGGAAAAAUGGUGAAUCUAUUAUCUUGUCUCUUACUUGUUUUGUUAUCAUUGCACUAUUUUGUGGCUUGCUUAGCUGCGAAUACGAAAAACAUCACAACGGAUCAAUCUGCUCUUCUAGCAUUCAAAUCUUUAAUUACUUCAGACCCCUAUGAUAUGUUGGCUAAUAAUUGGUCAACAUCCUCUUCUGUAUGUAGUUGGGUUGGUGUAACUUGUGAUGAGCGACACGGAAGAGUCCAUAGUUUAAUUCUCCAAAACAUGAGUCUUAGAGGUAUUGUUUCCCCAAACUUGGGGAAUAUGUCCUUCCUAGUUAUACUUGACCUCAAAAACAAUAGCUUCAGUGGUCAGUUUCCUAAAGAGUUAUGCCGGUUGCACAAAUUAAGGGUUCUUCAUAUCAGCUAUAACAAGUUUGAAGGGGGGAUUCCUGCAGCGUUGGGGGACUUAUCACAACUUCAAUAUUUGUAUCUUGGUGCUAACAAUUUUAGUGGUUUUGUACCCCAAUCUAUUGGUAAACUUCGUCAGUUGAAAGAAUUGGAUACUAUUCAAAACAGAUUGUCUGGACCCAUACCUCAAUCAAUUUCAAAUUUGUCCUCACUUGAACGUAUCGGUUUAUCUUUCAACUACUUUUCAGAUGUUGCAUCUGCAUUGGAAUAUCUUCAUCAUGGUUCUUCAAUACCUGUGGUUCAUUGCGAUCUAAAGCCUUCGAAUGUCUUGUUGGAUGAAAAUAUGGUUGCACAUGUUAGCGAUUUUGGUAUUGCCAAGCUCCUGGAUGAAGGACAAUCUCAAACUCAUACACAAACUUUGGCUACUAUUGGAUAUCUUGCACCAGAGUAUGGAUCUAAAGGAAUUGUUUCGGUCAAAGGAGAUGUGUACAGCUAUGGGAUUAUGCUAAUGGAAAUUUUCACAAGAAGAAAGCCAACAGAUGAUAUGUUUGUUGCAGAACUAAGCUUGAAGACAUGGAUCAUUGGAUCAUUGCCUAAUUCAAUUAUGGAGGUCCUGGAUUCAAAUUUAGUCCAACUAACUGGGGACACAAUUGAUGAUAUAUUGACUCACAUGUCAUCUAUUUUUAGUUUAGCAUUGAAUUGUUGUGAAGAAUCACCUGAUGCAAGAAUCAAUAUGGCAGAUGUUAUUGUGUCGCUAAUGAAAAUAAAGGCUUUGGUUCUUGGCGCAAACAGGGUCUAGUUAUUUCCCUUUUGUACUAGUGGCGUUUUCAAUAUUGUUUUGGAUUGAUGGCUUGCUCUUUUUGUUUGUUCUUUCAAUUUUCUUUGUUUUUGUAUGAGAUUGAAGUACAUUUUUUUUUUUUAUUCCUCUAACUUUUAAGAGAAUCGACCGCUGAAUAAAAGAUUAUCCCACAAUCAUGUAAAA